UGCGGGGUUUUCUUGCUUGGCGGAGGAACUGGAGCUGUUUAGGACAGAGCUGGCGGGAAGAGGAGCCGGAGCCAGCGAGGGCGAGAGACGGAGAGCAGAGUGGAGUUCUUGCUUUUUCCUCCCGGCCUGGGACAGCCAUGCGCGACUCAAAGGGCUCUGCUCCCCUAUAGCGCGCGUCCAGGAGCUCUCCAUCACCCCACAAGCUUAUGUACAUAGGACAGAAAACCAUGAGGGAAACUAUGCCCCAGACGCCAGUAUUUUCCACCAUGCUUGGUUCCGGAUGUAGCGGGCAGGUGCAGCCAGACACGGGAGAGAGGAGUGGCGAUCCCGUUUAUCAGGAUGGCAGUCUCAUCUCCGGCUCACUGGAGGUCCUCAUCGAGCGCCUGCUGCCCACCACAGAAUAUUACCCAGAUGUGGAACUAAAUCUCCCAGUUGAAAUCCAAAUUAACUGGAAGGGCUGAUGUUGUGGGCAAAGUGAUUCAGAGAAUCAUGUGUUACAAUUGGACACAUUUACUGAAAGCAGAGCGACAUCGGCGUUCAGUCCAACAUAUAGUUGGUUGUUGAAAUAAUAACAUUAACCCUAUGGAGAAGAAACCAGGAUCAUUUAUUAAUACCAAAAUGCUCAGUUCUACCCCACUCAGUUUUUGAGAUCCUUAACAAGUGCAGUACCUGGAAAAAAUAUUGAAGUUUGCAGCAAUCUAAGGUUUUUAUGUUCUACCUGCUUAUGUGCAAGGAGGACCCAUUGAAUUCAGUGGGACUUACCUUGGAAAAGAUGUGCAUAGGAUUGCACUGCAAAACACAAUGCUAUUUUUAAAAACUGGAUUCUAAAUCAUAGCAUAUUUAAACUAUUUAGAGAAUUAAUACACUGUCAAGUUUGUGAGGUCCAGUUCUAAACAUGGCCAUUUCCAGCUGGAAGAAAAAUUCAGGAUCCUUGGGUGCAUACCAGCAAACUGCUCAUGAAAUGAGUCAAUAGAUACUGUUUCUGCAAAGUUCUCGUUCACUCCUAUGGGACUCAUGCCCGAGAAUCUCCUGCUGGAUUUUCAUCUACAGCUUUUAAUCAGAAGUUUGAAGGUUAUGCAAAUGUUCAUUAACCAUCUUAUGAAAUCCUUGCAAGAGGCCUGAACUAAAAACUGGGGACAGAAGAAUGCACAGACAUUUUUAAAAACUGAAAAAAGACAACAACAUAUGUGAAAGGGCAGUGUGGCUUUGGUUUGGUAAGGACGUACCGAAGCUUUUUGUGAGUAAAAAAAACAAAUUAACAGGAAAUGUCAAAAAGCAAGUCAGUAAAUGUGGCAGAACUGAAAAAAGUGCCUUUUUGUCCCAUUUUAUUCUUCCACUGAUUAUAGCUCCUUGUGUAGAUUUUCUGUGACAUUUUGAGACAACAAAUACUUUGGGAACCUAACAAUAAGGGGACCAUUAAGAGCCUCUCCAAAGUAACACACUUUCUCUUUUCUUCUCUUUGCACUGACUGGAAAUGGAUGGGAAAUGGCUUCUUCCUGAAAGGAAAGCAAUAACAGCCUGCUACAUGGUAUAAAGGAUAAGAGGGUUGGAUUUUGGUGGCAGUUCUGGAUGAGUCAUGAAGUUCACUGGGUAACUUUGGGCCGGACACUCUAUUUAUUUAUUAUUAUUAUUAUUAUUAUUAUUAUUAUUAUUAUUUUAUUUUAUUUUAUUUUAUUUUAUUUAAAGUUUUUAUUUGCCAUCCCCAUUGCUACAUAGCCUUGGGAUGGCUCACAACGACAAGCUUGAUAUAUUUCAGCUUGAUAUAUUAAGUGGCUGAUGGGAUAACAUGGGAUUAAAUUACACACGCCAUACAGAGGCUGCAGAUGAUGAAACUGUCAGAAACUCCCACAAUGAUGCAAGAGGAAUUCGCACCCCUGGCUCAGAAAGGAGCCUUCCCGAAUCUCAGCUCCCAGAAUCCUGCAGUGAGCAAAAACUGGAAGAACAGUGUCCUCUGGACUGUACCCCUUCUCCCUGCACCCAAUGCAGGUGCUGAUUUUUUCUUUUAAGAAUAUUAUUUUUAAAGGCUACAAAACUCCCAAAAGGUCAGCAUUAACUUAUUUGGAAAUAAGCUAAAUUUAACCUUUGGAACAUUCUGCAUACCUUUGAAAAAAAUAAUAAUGGGGUUCAGAGGAGACACACAAUGCUCUGAGAGACACGCAAUGUUCUGAGAGACUUCCUUGCAUCCUCUCAUUGCAAGCAAUACUCGAAAGAUUCUCCAGUUCCAUUUUUUGCAUGUUUUCUGGUGUCUGUGUCCAAAAUUCAGUUUUCUCCUGAUCUAGUCUAGCACUACAGCAACUUGGAGGAAAGAAUUCACAACCACUGUGCAUUUCUUCUGAAACUACAGAAGGGGGCAAAAUAAAUAUCCACUGAGUAUCUUAUUGAGGGUUUGACUGUGGGACCAGAAGAAGAACAAAUCCUCAUUCACUGAAAUUUGAGGAGUCAGAGAGGGCAUCACGUGUGAGGUCUGGUGAAUGGGGAGUUUAUGGCUUUGCUGAGCAAAGGCAUGGGCUCCCAGGAUCCAGCAAUUUAGAAGAGAUUCUUCAGGAAUUAUUCUGUUAAUGAUUCUCAUCUGUACUAUGAGAAAGUUUAGUUUAACUUCUCCAAAACCUGCUCAGCUAAACCUUCCCACAAUCACUUUCAUGCCCUUAUAUUACAUUAGAAGUUACUUUCCAGGAAUGUAGUAACAGCCUCCCACAACAUAAUUCUGUGCAUACCGACUUAGAACUAAAGCCCAUAGCGUUCAGUACGGUUUACUCCCAAGUAAGUGUACAUAGCACCAUAGCCUUAGUAUUGUUACAUUUUCAUAAAGAUUCAGGAUUGAUAAAUCCUGUUCUUCUUAGGAGAGAAGCACAUACUGACUGUAAGGAAUAAAGAUUUAGGACUUAUUUAUAUUGGCUGCAACCCUAAACUAGAAGCACACCUUAUUCCUGUUGAUGGAGUCUGGUUCACACAAGUGUGUACAGCAUCUGAUGGCCCUACAAGUAUGGUGAAACCUUGGAAGAACUAACACCACCAACAGAAACCUGAUUACGUAUCUUUUUCUGGCAUUUAGCAUAUGCAAAUACACAUAUUCAGAAGUUUAGUAAUUUUGGAUGGUAGUUAGCAAUGUGAUCUCAUGGGUGGAGUGCUUAGAAGAAGCCCAUUGUCGGAGCGUAUCUUUCUGAAACGUAUCCCCUGUUCAUGUGGCCCAUUUCGCUUCUCUCCCCACACCUCAUUUCUCCCAUGCAGAGGACGUAUAUCUUCACCUUCUUACUGAGCUCCCGAGUCUUCAUUCAUCCCCAUGAGCUCCUGGCAAAAGUGGGGCAAAUCUGCCUGAAGCAGAAGCAGCAAUUAGAAACUGUCGUUGAAGCAGACAAGGCGAAGCUGAAGUCCUUUGCUGCCAAGAUCAUUCAGCUCCUGAAGGAAUGGACUGAAACAUUCCCCUAUGACUUCCAGGAUGAGAAAUCUAUGAAAGAACUCAAGGAAAUUGCUUGCAGGGUUACACAGUGUGAUGAGGAAAAUGGAACUGUCAAGAAGAUCAUCAGCCAAAUGACUCAGAAUUUGCUGGUGACUCUCGCCGCACGCAACCAGUACCAAGAGAUCCGGGAAAAGUUCCGCCAACCUGUGACUGACAAAGGCACAAUCCUUAAAACAAAGCCUCCAUCAUCGCAGAAGGACAUCUUGAGUGUUUGCUGUGACCCAUUGGUCCUUGCGCAACAACUAACACAUAUUGAACUGGAGAGAGUGAGCAACAUUUAUCCCGAGGACCUCAUGCAGAUCGUCAGCCACAUGGACUCCCUGGAUAACCACAAGUGCCGAGGUGAUGUUACGAAGACCUAUAAUCUGGAGGCCUAUGACAACUGGUUUAAUUGCCUCAGCAUGCUGGUGGCCACGGAGAUUUGUAAGGUUGUGAAGAAGAAGCAGAGAACAAGAGUAGUGGAAUUUUUCAUUGACGUGGCAAGAGAGUGCUUCAACAUCGGGAAUUUUAAUUCAAUGAUGGCCAUUAUCUCUGGCAUGAACUUGAGUCCUGUGGCCCGGCUGAAGAAAACGUGGUCCAAAGUCAAGACGGCCAAAUUUGAUGUUCUAGAGCAUCACAUGGACCCAUCCAGCAACUUUUGCAAUUAUCGGACCGCCCUCCAAGGAGCAGCGCAGAGGUCACAGACGGCGCACAGCAGCCGGGAGAAAAUCGUCAUCCCAGUUUUCAAUCUUUUCAUUAAGGAUAUAUACUUCCUGCACAAAAUACACACCAACCAUUUGCCCAAUGGACAGAUAAACUUCAAGAAGUUCUGGGAAAUUUCAAGGCAAAUCCAUGACUUCAUCACAUGGAAGCAAGUGGAAUGUCCUUUUGAAAAAGACAGGAAAAUUCAGAGCUAUCUACUCACUGCACCUAUUUAUAGUGAAGAAGCUUUGUUUAUUGCAUCUUUCGAAAGUGAAGGCCCAGAAAAUCAUAUGGAGAAAGACAGCUGGAAGACACUCAGGACAACUCUGCUCAACAGAGCCUGAGGUUUUGGACUUUGUCUCCAGAUUCUAAAGCACACACUAAAAACAUUGUUUUUAAAUCCUGAGCAACGUGGUUUGAGAAAGGAAGGCCUCACUGGCUGAGGCCUGUUUUGUAUAUACAAUACAUUUUAUGAAUUACAAAAGAAGAAAAACGUGCUAAAUAUUUCACAUCAACCUUAAGGCACUUAAAAGUGAAGGAUUUUGUUUUUUAACGAGUUAAAAAAGGGCGGGGCCCUGGUCUCAGAGAUGAAAUUGACUGUGGGGGAUGGAAUCCGUGGUGAUGUCUUACUCUAAUGACAUCCAGAUCUUUAUUUUAAUGUUUGAUUACUUCCGCCUAAUACAUGCAAAUGCUCAGAUGGACUCAGCACGCACACAGAUUCUGUGAUUUUCUCUGCCUUGAUCCAUUUCACACCUCCGGAAAAUGAAUUGAAUUAUGUGGGGCUGAUACGAUUGAGAACUGCCAAGGCCUCUACGGACCCAAAGAGGCACAAAAGCAUUUUCCAAGAUUGGCACAGGCUGGCUACUGUGCUAACGAUGCUAAAGCACAGAGCCCUUGCCAAGCUGUGAGCCCUCUUGGCCAUGGAUGUUCCGAACAGCCCUCGUACUCAUUCUUCCAGAAGAGGAGGUCCAACCAGCUUCUUAAGUCCAGCUUAUUGUUCGUUUGCUGCACCUGAUGGAGGAGAUGUUUGCCCAUGACAGGGCAGGUCUUGGGAAAUCAGUCUUCAAGGUGCCCCUUUGUAAUCUCUCCGCCCCGCAAUGUGCUUCACUUGCUACUCUUCUGGAAUGAUUCCCAUGGUUCGGGGUUCUCCACUUUUCUUAUGCUGCCUUCCUUGCCUUGUUAAUUUGUAAUGCUCCUACGGCCACUUUAUACAGUCAGGCAGAAGCAAGCAGAAAAGCUUCGCCUGGACUAGACCAUUAUAAAUGUUGUGGGGUGCUCUUGGUUGCUGGUUGGAAUGUUCGCACUGGAGAGGAAAUGCAUACCACAUUUGGGAAGACGAGGCCAACCUGUCUCCCGAAUACACUCGUUUUCUCCAAAUAAUGCCACAAAUCCUCCCUAAAAAUGGGAGGAACGUUUCCUGUUCUCUUCUCUGCCCUUCUUCCAACAGUCCCCAUGUGCCCCAUCUCAGAUGGCUUGAGGAGAAGCCCCCAUCCAGAAAGGUUCUUGGAGGGCACAGUUAGCUCGUGCGAUCAGGGGCAACAGAGAUGGGAAACCUUCCUGCCAACUCACUCCUCUCUGGAGCUCGGCCAAUGUGUUAAUUCUGGCAGGGAGUACUCAGACACCUUUCCCUGCAGUGACAAAGUCCAGGCCAAGCUUUGUUCCAGUUUGCUAAAUGCAUAAAUGAACCUUCGGCCCCAAGUCGGGCGUCCCCAAUUUGGCACAAAGAGUCCUUUCCUUUAGUCUGGCCUUAACCACUUCAGCAGCAAGACUGCUCCCUUCUUACGUGCCUUACAAGGUUCUGAAAUUGUUUAGCGUACCUUCUACAGCUUUGGGUUGGAAGCAAGCAAAAUAAAAAUAUGGAUGUCUUUAAAAACCAGCGACAGCUUUGUAAAUAAACUGGAAGACACGGCACACGAACUAGAGUAUGCCUGUCUUGAUAACAAUGAUGGUGCAGCAGAACUUUUUUUAUUGUUACAAGGUAAAAUGGGAUAAAUGUUUGAUUGUUCUUCUUUCCUUUCCCUACACGGUUUUAUUAGUUCUGAGAACUCUUCAGUUUACAUUUGCAUUUGAUUUAUCAGGGAUUUUACAAGGGGGGGUGGAGUGAGACAAACAUGCAAUCAUUCCAGUCUCGCAAAAUGGUAAACAGUUACUGCGUGUCACUUUUUAUAAAUUAGCAUCUAGCAAAUAAAUGCAGAAAAUAGGAGUAUGUCGAUGUGACUGCCACAACAGAAGAAUGAGGGAGGAUAUUUUCAAAAAAGGAAAUCUUCAUUGAUGUAGUAUGUGUUCAAAUUAAGGGUUGACCCACCUGAAUGGGAUGGUAUGAACUGGUGUCCUGCAACAGCAGGGGUUCGACCUGAUGGCCUUCUGGGCUCCUUCCAACGCUGCUGUUCUCUGAGUCUAUGAAACCAGGGAGAGGCAAUGUGGCCAGCAGGGUCCCCUUUCUUGGCACCUGCCGGGGCGCUGUGCACUUCUCUCUUCUCUUUCAUGAACACUCUGUCUUGCCAGCAACUCAGAUUGCUGUGAAACGGGUUGCUCCUGGUACUGCAAACGGUGACUUGAACAGCUCUACUGUUGCCUUGCAUUCAGCCUGUUGGGUAAGUUCCUUGGCCAUUGCUGCAUCUCCCAUGACAGCCAUUUUGUGGUGAUGCCCAGGACGGUUUCUCACAUUGCUAUGUGCCCAUGGCCCAAGAAGGUGGCCUGCCCCUGAGUUAAGCCACUCUCCAGAGCCUCCCCUUUAGACACCUUCAAGAGACACCAGUCACCAUCAGCUCAUGCCCGUUGAUACAGAAGAGCACAUUCUCCCAAUCUGGCCAUUCUGGUUAUUAUUGUUUUAUCAAAUCAUGAACUCGCCCUGUGAUGUCUAACUCUUGCUGCUGCUGUGUUGAACCCUGUCACAAAAUUGCUAGGAUGAAAAGUUUUCAAAAGUGUAUCUGGACAGUUCGCAACAUUCUGGUCCAGUUACAGCUGUGCAAUGCACAAUUGCAGUGCGAUACAAAUUGCAGUGCUGUGCUUCUAUCAUUCAGUUAUGCCACUGCUUUGUAAAAUGAUUUCUGACCAUUAUGAAUCUGACUGAGGCUUGUGAUUUUGAGUCUUCGUUUCUAAGGGCUACACAAUUUUCCUGUUGACUCCUUUGAAAAAUGAAGAAAUGCUCAUGCAUGCAGGCUACAUCACUUAGAACACAAUCCUUUGGUCAGUAGACAUUCUCUGGCCAUCUGUAGGAACAUGGUCACUGCUAAUAUUUUGGAAAAGUGGAUCCAGAUGACGGCAGGGACUCCAACUUCAUGGGGACACAGCUUGGUUCUUUUUGUGUCUGAUGUGAGCCCAAAGAUGGAAGACCAUCAAAUCCAGGCAGUGCAUCUCUUCUCAUGAGGAAGAGGGAAAUUGGCCAGCAAAUUAUUUUUGAGGGCAAAAAGAGUACAUAGUUGAUCUUAGCCUUCGCAUCCCUCCCUCCUUCCUUUGGAUGCCCACAACCUGCAUCGAGAGGGUUAUGCAUAUCCCCAUAGAGGUGGGCUUUUCAUUGCUCAGUGAUACUUGCCCAUGUGAACAGACACCACUGAAAACUCUGAAGAUGCUCAGUCUCCCACAUAAAUCAAUGUUUGAUCUUGUGGUUUUCAAGUGAUGAACUUGCAUGUGUGAAACAGCUCAUACAGGAAAGUCGCCCUAUUAAGACACAUUGGACUUGCUCAAAUUGAAAAGUGUGGUGUGAAAUAAAUACAGCUUUACAAGUUUUGGCCAAGUCACAUAAAGAUGGUGAAACAAUCCCUAUAGACCACUAAACCAAUGAAGCUAGCCAAUUUAAACUUAUUUUAAAUGUUCUUGAAAUGAUGGCUGAUUCACUGAUUUGAAAAUCAGGUUUCCGUUUGCUUAAAAGCCCAGUGUAUUCUCCAGCUUCUGGCUGCUUGCUUUGUGAAUUAGGGGACAAAUAAUAAUAACUCUGGGCAUCAGCUUGGUUCAAUUGACAGUGACAUAUUAUAAUGCACCUAUUGCUUUCCUCCUGGACAAUUAACUAAGACCCAAUAAUGGCCGGUUAAUAUACUUCAAUAUUUGCCAGGCUUUUUGUCCACUGGACCACACCGGAAAGCCAUCAUGAGAUUCUCUUUCAUCCUAUUACUGUUUUCUCAUUAAUGCAUGUUUAAUUGGGAAGCUGUCUAUCCAUUUGAUUGAAAAACCAAUACACUUUGCCAAAGCAUCUUGCUGCCACCAUUAAAAUGGUUCAGGGAACAAGGCAAAACAGACGAGCGAUACCAAAAUUGGAAAUGCUUAAUGUAAGUCAAAAGAGGAAGCAGAAAUACUGUGUAUUAACCGAAAGAUACCCCCACAAAGACAAACAGAAUCAGUGGCUUUCUUUAUUUGUGAUCUGCUGCUAUUUUUCCCAUGCUGAAGUGUUGAUUUUCAGCCCUGGAGCUAAAAGAAUAUUUAUACUGUAUUAUUACAGUGGUUUUUUGCACUUUUGAAGAUGUCCUAGCUAGCAACAUUGUCAAAUACUAUGAAAGGGAUUGUAUAUCAGCUUUGUUAAUAUAUUUUAAAUUUACAAAGGGAUGCUUUAAAUUUCAGAGAUAUAUAUAUUUGAAAUGCGAGUCUGGAACACUUUUUGUGUAUGCAUAUUUAAGAAGAAGAAAAGCUUUUACAUGAAUGUGCACUCCAGUGGUCAAUUGGUUUAGUAAAUACUUGAAAAAGUGCCAUUUCUUCAUGGCUUUCUAUUAAUUUUUCCCCCUUUGGUUUAAUACAUUCUUUCAACAUCUGUGUUUUGUUAUUCCAAGCUGAAUUGCUGCAUAUAAAGCUGUACCAUAAAGCAGGAUAUUCUGUGUUUGACUUGAUGUGCUUGCAUUAAUAAAAUCGAAAUUGCUUCAACCAGG